AGGGGCGGGGCGGGCGGCGCAGGCGCGGUGGCGGCGGCGGCUCCCGGAAGCGCGCAGGGCCGUGCGGGGCCAUGGCGGCGGCGGCGGCCUGCGGCGGCCCGGUGGCGUGGCUGCGCCUCCUGUGCCAGCGCUACCAGGACUACGUGAAGCGGCACCCGGCCGCCACGGCCCAGCUGGAGGGCACCGUGCGGGGCCUCUCCUACCUGCUGCCAGGUCGCUUCUCGGACUCCCACGAGCUGUCGGAGCUUGUGUACUCUGCCUCCAACCUCCUGGUGUUACUAAAUGACUGGAUCCUCCGAAAGGAGCUUCAACGGACCUUGCCUGUGUCACUGCCCCAGCAGAAGCUGCUGACCUGGCUGAGCGUGCUAGAAUGUGUGGAGGUCUUUGCAGAGAUGGGGACAGCCAGGGUGUGGGGGGAGAUGGGCCGAUGGACCAUCAUUGUCCUCAUCCAGCUGGCUAAAGCCAUCCUGCGUCUCUUGCUGUUGCUGUGGUACAAAGCGGGCAUCCAGACAUCUCCUCCCAUUGUGCCGUUGAACAGGGAGCAGCAGCAGCCUCUCCACCCCCAAGACGUGGAAGGCAAUUCCUCAGGGAAGGAUCAGACCUAUGUUGGCAGGCGUUCUAGCCGUGUUGUGCGGUCUCUCCAGAGCACCCCAUCCCUCCAGUCCAGGCACUGGGGGUCUCCCCAGCAGAGGGAGGAGACCCAGAGCCGAAGAUCAGAGGAGAUGAACCAGCCUCCCACCCCUCUGGGCCUCCAAGAAACCAUCGCAGAAUCUGUCUACAUUACCCGCCCUCUACUCCACUUACUGAGUUUAGGAGUGUGGGGCCAGAGGUCGUGGAAGCCCUGGCUCCUCUCAGCAAUCCUGGACAUCUCAAGUCUGAGCUUGCUGAGUGAUCUGAAAGACCUGAACAGGCGAGAACGUGCAGAGCUGAGGCGACGAACCAUCCUACUGCUGUACUACCUGCUGAGAUCUCCUUUCUAUGACCGAUAUUCAGAGGGCAGGAUCCUCUUCCUUCUGCGCUUGUUGGCUGAUUAUGUGCCUGGACUUGGCUUUGUCACACGGCCACUGAUGGAUUACUUGCCUGCUUGGCAGAAAAUCUAUUUCUAUAAUUGGGGCUGAUGAGAAGAUGACCCUUCUUUGCUAAGAUCAUGGCUGGACGUCUCUAAGGAGAGCAAGCAGGCUGGGGAAGGGAUGUUGACCUUGUCUGAUUUUCAGUUAAACCAUCAAUGAGAAGCUCCCAUUCUGCAGGGUGGGGGGAGGGGGUGUAUGUAAUUUUUUUUUAACAGAUCUGGCUGUGAAUGAUGGACACUACAUGUGUGGAGAGAUCCUGGCCGCUUCUUUCCCUGGACAGUGCUGUGGCUGCAGUGAUGGUGGUGGGACAACCCCUUUUUUAAGCACCUGAUUUUUCUCCUUUUGUAUGGCUGGACUAUAAUAAAGCUAGUCAGCACAGUGUUUUUCGGA